AACCCGAGGCGCCGAGAAGCUUGAGGGCGCCCCCGCCCCCUCCCGGCUGAGAAAAUGACGAAAGUUCCUCAGGGGUUUGAUUUCAGCUUCUUAAAUGACGACGAAGCCUGGACGAUUCUGCAGGUGCUGGAGAGGAACGAGGAGCUGCAGCGGGCGGAGAAGGACCGGAUCAGCAAACUUCAGAAGACAAAAAGGGACAUCAGAUGGCUCCAAGGAGUGACUGGCGAAUGGUUUGAAGAAAUACAAAGAAAAAAGUUUUGCAAUGAAACAGAUGUUAGCCAAAUGUUAAAACAGCCACUUACAUACAGGCUCAGAAAGGGCAUGGCAGAAAAUGAUCCUAUGGAGUUGCAAGCAUCAAGAUCUAAAACCACACCUAAUCAAAGGAACUCCACUGCUGCUUCUUCUCGGCUGAGCUUUAAAUCAUCCCUUGCUUCGCUGUUCAACUUCAGAAAAUUCAGAAAAGAUUUGAAGCUUCAGUCACUGGGACAGAAAGGAUCCGACGGCCAUGCAGGACCUCCUGUGUCCAUGAGGGGAGCCCCCCCGCAGACAAAACUCUACAAUUCCACUCUGAGAAAGCAAGUGGUUGGCAGUGCAUUCGUUCCCAAACCAGUAGGCAUGAGAGAGGGUGGUGGCCUGCCUCCCGGGGGUGCCUCCCUGCUGGAAUUUUUCCAAGUUUUAGAUGACUUGGAUAGCAAACUGGCUGAGGAACAGUCUUCAAGUUCAAUAACUACUGAAAUACCUCUCAACUAUGGAUCAAGAACACAGUUUGGCCAUUUGAACCCCAGUGAGAACAGACACGGGAGUAUCACAGGAAGGCAAAAGAAUCGCUAUAAUGAAACUUCUAAUAUGUCAAUCUAUGACAUCCUCAGACCAGGAACCCCUAGAGGAGGUUUUAGAACCUUUUCUCCUAGAACAAGGACACUUUAUGAUAUGUACAGGACACGGGAACCCAGAGUCUCAAAAGAAGAUUAUGUGCCAAAGAAUACUUUUGGCAGUACUUCUCUGUGUCUUGACAGCAGGCAACGAUCAGCCUCCCAAGCUCCAGGGCAUUUCACAGCAAGAAGCUUACAUUUUCCAGGCACAGCUCGGAACAAGAGUGGGUUUAUACUACCAACCCACCAGCAGAGCCCAAAGAGAACUCCAUUAUCAUCCAUCAUAUGGAACAGAUCAGAUUCUUCUGAAGAUAGGCAGAACCAGAAAGAAUUCCUAAACGAAACAUACCCCAUGGAUGUUGACCCAGACCACCCAUCUGUGUAUCCUCAACAUUUUCAGGAAAGUACAAGAUACGAAUUUUACCAUUCACAGAAUGUUUAUCCAGAUGUCAACUUUCAUACACCCCUGGAUAAUGCAAUGAGUUCUGACCCAUUUGAGAACUCAGAGAAUAUGCCAUUCUAUCCUUCAGAAAACACAUUUGCUAGGUCUUUCUUUAGCAAUACCUUUGGACGAAGCAAAGAACAGAGAUUUAGACAAAAUCCUUUUUGGGGUCAACCGGAAGCACAUUCUCCCUGGUCAGACUUUAGAAGGAAACCAUUUACUUCUUCUGACUGUGACUUUGAAAUGACUUCCAUGGAAGCAGAUGGUGCCUCCACCAUUCAAAAUCAUAGUGUUUCCUCUCAACAAUGGGAAUCUUAUUUUUAUAGCUACAGAACUAAUAUUUCCAGAAACCAAGAAGAGCUACAUCCCUUGCACUUUGGUUCUGAGACAUCCACACUGGAGAACAUGGAGGUGUCACAAGAUCAUGGGGACCAGCCACCUCUUCAUUUUGAUAUGCCAGAUGUUUUUUCCACUACUGGAUCAGGCUAUCACAUCAAACCUGGUGGAUCGGAGUGUAAACUGAACAGUUAUCCUAGGGAAGUUCCUAUAAACAAAGAACCCUAUUCAUUUGGAAUGGCUCAGACUCCGGUGUCUUCAUUUAACACUUCCCUCCCCCAGACUUCUGGUGACAAAAGGAAUCCUCCGAGCUCCAACUUUCAGAGUCCCAAAGUCACUCUGCAAAAAGUUAUUCCCAGUAAACCUGUCUCUGUUCCAAUAAGAAGCUAUGCAGAGGUCACUGUGACCAACAAUGACUCCAUUAAUUAUUUGCCUCGUCCUGAAAGCCAACCCAGUGUCAUGACCACAGACAUGAAUAAUGACAAGGAUUUGAAUGAAUCCAAUUUGGAAAAAGACAAACAGCUAAGCAAGAUGGAGCAGAUGAGCAUGCCAGAUGAAAUCCAGCGCCCUGUUCCAAAGGUGGUAGACUCUCCCCGCUUACCCAAUGUUCACAGUCCCCUCUCCCAGAACUCAACCAAGAGCAACAGUUUUGUUUUCAGUGCACCUUCCACCGUAAGUUCCAAAAGGUCACCAAGAGUCCAUCCUAAGAAAGAUAACCCCAGAAUAUAUACAUCACAUAGGAGUAAAUCCAAUGAACUUAAAAGAGAUAAGACUUGGACUGAGAACAGAAAGCCCAGCUCAGCAGUUUCCCCUCCGUUCAGAAUCUCAUCUUUCCCCAGCCCCAAUCAAAGUUGUCACCAGGAACUGACUGUAAAUAAUGAAGAUAUUUCAGGUACCCUUCAAAAUAAGCGCUGGAGCUCCAACCGUGCUGGUAAUCCAAAAGUGCUGUCUCUAGAAGAGCCUAACCGUGAAGAACAAUGGAUCACAACCCCUUCUUCCAACAGCAGCGAGUCAGCUGUGAGCCAGAAGAGCACCUAUGAUUCCCCUGCUCUGUCUGGACUGCCCACUUCCUCACUAGCAAAUGAUUCUUUCUCAGAUACUCUAAUUAGUCCUACUACUGGACUCUCCAGGAGAAGUCCCUCAGGGCCAGAUCCAUUUCUGAGAGAAAGAGAAGAAAGAGAGAGUGAUAGUAAGAACCAAAAUAUUCAGUUUGUCCCAAGUUCCUCUGAAAAUCAGAGAAAUGAUAGUUGUAGACCUCUACAGGGUGAAACGAUGGAUGCUGUCCAAGACGCCUCCCAUUCUCCUUUAUGGGACAGAAGGGGGAAGGGAAAAAUAAGACGGCAUAUAUCUUAUAUUGAAUCAUUAAGCAAAAGAGGAAGUAGACCAACACCCGGAAGAGAGAGCCAUAAUCUCAUAGGGGUGAAUGAAAACAAUUCUAAGGCUCCCCAGCCUCACCCGGCUUAUUGUACCUUUCCACGAAAAUCAGCCAGUGUUCUCUUCAGCAGCAGGAAAUCUGAGAGUAGGGCAGUGGCUUCUUCAUUUACGGGUGGGACGCUUCCAGUCCCAAUAAAAACUAACACAGGAGAUCCAAGGGAGGGGCCCACUUCUCACAGAUCCAGUCCCCGCUCUUCUGAGUCAGACACUGAAGGUUCCAAAGUUGUGGCUGUCUUAGUUCCUGUGGUCCCUGAAACUGGAGAGGGGCUGGCAAAUGGGAAAACCAUCAAAUCUACUUCUGUUGAUAAAAAAACACUUCCAUUUCUUGAGCGGGCCAUGUCCUGUCCCUCAGGGGUACCAUUGGCCUCCACUGGAAGGGAAGAAAGAGGAAAACGCUUGUCCUCAUACACAUAUGCCUCUGUUAUAACACCAAGGCCUUGGGACAGAGUCGUCAGCCCUUUGGAAAGGGAUUCACUGUUCAGGGAUGGUUCUUUAAUCAAAAGAUCCCAGCAAAAUGGAUGCUUUCCGGGACGUGCUGAAACGGACAGUCGAGCUGCUGCCCCUGGGACGGGCAGACGUCCCCUUUCAAAUGAAGACCCUUUCCCUUUCCCUUCUGAUAUGUCAGGAAAGGAAAGUGGGAAAACAGUGCAGAAAUUUAAGAUGACUAGUACUCUUUCAGUUUCUAGUGAUGAAGAGAAUGUCAAAUGUCUCGAAGUUGUUUCAGUGUAUUAUACCCUACCAAGGCAACAGAGCCAAAAACUCAGUCACUUCCUUCAGGAGUUUACACAGCACAUAGAGUCGCUUACAGAGCCACCUCAAGUGAGGACCGAGUCACUUCAGGACCCCGUAGAAGAUGAACUAAAGUGUUCUGCACUAGAGCAGUCAGAAAGCCCCUCACCUGAAGACCUGACCAUGCAGAUCAGCUCUGCUCACCGGGGUCAUCGUCUUUCCCAACCCGCUGUCAAUCCGACUGACUUUCCAUUGGCCAGAAGUGGGGCCUCAAGAGCCUUUCUGCAGAGAAUGGCUUCUUUUGAGGCCGACGCUUCUUUUCGAAAAGGAGACUCUAAACCCAGAGAGAUUGUCCCAGAUCACUUACUAAAUGAUGCACAGAGAGGGAGAGAGAGAGGGGAAGCAGUGAAGAGCAAAACCCUGCAGACUUCACCAGUGCAGCGAGGGAAAGUAGCAACAGAAGAGAACUCUGAACAUCGCCUACAUCCCAGUAAGUCAGGUGACAGGGAUCCUUCGAAGCUCACAAGUUCAAAAGGGAAUAUUGGAAACACCCCAGUGGUCACAAGGGCUGGGGAGUGUGCAGGGAGUGAUAUACCCAGCAGGGCAACUAGAAGGGCGGGGUAUGUUCAAGAAGAUGAUCGUGCCAGUGAAUUGCAGCUCGGGGAAGUCAGAGGACAAACUGGAACACAUUUCCAGAAACAAACCAACACAGCACUUUGUGACUUACACAGCCAAGUCAUUGCUCUCACUCCUGCUUUGCAUAAGCUACAGCUGGAUCAGGAGUCCAGUGAACCAGGUACAGGGAGUUUGCAGUUUGAACCCAGGGAAAUACCUCAAAGAAGCCAGGAAGUAAGCAGGACAGGGAACCAGGAGGCUAAGAGGGAAACACAAAUGUUGGUAUGGGAUCCACCUUUAUUUCCUGGAGGAAGUCAUAAAAAUGAAACCAAUUCGGAAGACCAAGAAAGGGGGGAAAACAGACCUUCAGUCAAACACCGAUUGGCAGGCGUGUCCAAAGCAAACAGAAAUUUUCCUGCUAAAGUUUUAAGCCCCAGAAGACAUGUAGCUACUAUCUUCCCCCAGAGACAGAACAGUUUUGACUUAAGUGGCUUUCCUCUCGACAUGCCAGAGUGUAGCCCACAGUCCCCAGAGCUGACUCCAAAGUCCGCUGACUCCAGAAAUGAAAACAGGUUGUGUAAUGAUGAAACGGAUGCGGAGAAAUCUGUGCGUGCAUUCCAGGUUACCGUACUGUCCAGAGAAAAUUCUAUGAACUUAAGCAGUCAAAGGUCUAACAGCAUUUCACCACCACCUCAGAAUGAGUUCAGAGAUAUCUCAGAACCAACACCAAAGUAUGAGAAUUCUGAAGAGGCAACAAAAGCUCAGCCUAUGGACGGAGAGCCAGCAGCCCCAGCGACACCCACAUUCAACAACCUGGGGGCAGCAGAUUUUUUUGACCCCCCCUUGCCAUUGGAGCCUACGCUGGAGGCCAGCAUCCGGCCGGCCAGUUAUCAGCAGCAGCAACAGAGGCAGGCUUCAUCUCUGGAGUGGGAACCUGAGCCAAACCCCUAUCGUUCUAAGAGUUUAAAAAGCGUCCGUUUGCAUGGCUACGGGCUGCGGAAAAGUCAGUCUCCGAGAAUCAGGGAGCGCCAUUUUUCAGAAAAUACUUCUCUGGACAAUGCCCUGAGCCGACUGACCCUCAGGGAUGAAUUCCCUACCAAAAGUGGGUACAAUCGAAGAUUCAAAUCUUUUUCUGAACUCUCCUCCUUUGAUGAAAAUGAGAGCUGGACUAUGUAUGACAAGCCAGACACAGGACCCAGGUCGGCAACAUCUAUAUCCAGACCCAUUGACUAUGGGAUUUUUGGGAAAGAACAACAGUUGGCUUUCUUGGAGAAUAUAAAGAAGUCACUCACACAAGGAAGACUGUGGAAACCAAGUUUUCUUAAGAACCCUGGUUUUCUGAAAGAUGAAGUCAUUAAUCCCGAGAGUCCAGGGGAGUCUUUGAGCUCAAAUUCUCCUGGCAACCAGGUGUCUGAGGAGGCCCUCUCCCCAAGCACGCCACUAAAUAUCUAUGAAGAGGACACAGCAGACUCAGAUUGUGACACGGACACUACCACAGAUGAUGAGUAUUACCUAGACGAAAAUGACAAAGAGUCAGAACUGUGAGGCUUGUCCAGCAACAUCUAACCUUUCUAGCAAAACCUUGUAAAUGGAAAAGUGUAGCUAUAUGUAUCUCUGGGGAGCUGUUUUUUAAAAAAGAAAGAAACAAACAAAAUAAGCUCUUGCCUACACAAGACCUGCUCUGAAACAACCCAAAUUCUCUUCUCUUCUCCUUCUUCUUCUUCUUCUACUCUCUCUCUCUCAAAAAUUCUUGAUUCAAAAAAAAAAAAAAAGAAAUUCUUGAUUCAUAGCAUCUGUGCUAUGUAUAUCCUCGCACACACAUACACCCAGCUAACUCAUAAUUCACUGUGGUUUCUCUGCUCAUUUUCCCCCCUGACUUUUUUUCUGCAUCUUUCAUCGUGAUUCGUAGCCUCACUGUCCCUGGCACAUAAGAGGUUAUCAGUUACUGAGCAUAAUUGCAGAAUUCUGCAUUGUUUCCUCUGAUCCAAACAAUCUACUCAGGUCAUUAAAUACAAUGUAGGGAUCAUAACAAAGGAGUAAAUAUUAGCAUCCCUGAUGUAUAACUCAUCAACACAUAGGAACUCUAAAGUUCUGGCCUUUUUCCUGCAAAGGAAAGGGAAUUUUCAUAAUGACAUCUUGUUUUAGCCGUGGUGGUCCCAGGAAGAAUCUGCGUAGUGUUGAAGCUGUAGAUAAAGAAUUGAAUCCCUAGUAAUCGUAAGAAUUCCAAAGAGAGUCAUUGGAAUUGUUUUCAGGGACUGGCUCACUUGUUAAGGGCUCAGUUUGAAUCAAGUCAGAGUCUUGCAGUAGGCAGUCCAAUGGUACAGAAAUUGAUCAUCGGAUUUCUGCUGAGGAAAGGAAACAAGGAGAGGAACAGAGAAAAGUUGACAUUUCCUUUAUGAGGAUGACUCCUUACUGUGUUCUACUACUCCUUACUAUAGUGCUCUCUGCUACUCCUUACUGUUGUGCUCUCUCCUUACUGAAAGCAACUCACUUCCCCCAUUUCUCCAGAACUACCGUUUUUUAUUUUACUUGCAGCUUAGAAUUAUUUUACCCCAUGUGGACAUUUUAUCUACCAGUAUCAAGGGUAGACUUAGUUAUGUCACUGAGUCUUUUGAUAGAGAUAUGACAGCCUGGGACUCACAGGCUUCUUGGCAGAAUGACUUAGCAAACUCUGGGGAAAUGAUAAGGCAGUGUUCAUAAGGACUUGCACUGUGGGUUUUUCUUUUUCCAUUAGUUUGCAAAAACUAAACAACUCCUCAAACAAAGCCUAGCUAGGAAGCUCUCAUUGCCAUGCAAAACUCCUGGACAUUCCUAAUCCUAAUUAAUCAGAAUAAAACUGCAAAGGUGGUGGGAAAGACAAUCUUCGAGAAGUACAGACAGUCUGCCCCCCCGGAUAUUAGUUCCUACCACGCAGAUGGGGAUGAUGUCAAUGGAUUUUAUUCUAUUUGGUUCAUAUUUGCUUCCAGAUCUAAUUUUAUUUUCUAUUAUCCUUAAGCAUUCUGUUUUAUCCUUAUGUACAAAUUAAGGAUAAUGAUAGGUGUUGUUGAAUUGUAUAGAGAUCAGAAACUGAACAAAAUAUAAGAAAGAACCAUAUUAUUAUUAUCCUCCUAAUCACUGCCUUGCCCAGAGGCAAAAUGCCAAGCUUAGUUUACAUUAUAUUAAUGAAGAUGUGGUAACUAACAUGAAAGCUAUUCCUUAAAUCUGUAAAUUGUUUUCCACUCCAUGUUUUGCCCAGUCUUGAGCUCAAAGAGACUGAUAAUAGAAUUUGACAUCAACUGUUGCGAGUUUUUCCAAUUCAAAUUUGUAUGAUAAAAAAAAAUAAUAUUUUAUUCUUUGUUUUAUAUACAUUUGUAAAUUUUUUAUUUCUGUUUUUUAUUUAGCUGGAUAAAAAUAUCAUAAACCAUAACCUUCUUUCCACAUCAUUUAAUGAUAUUCAGAAUUGACAUUUUAAUAUUAAUAUUUAUGGGUUUUUUUUAAUGAUCUGCUUGCAAAUUCUACUUUAGUUCAACACUGUGAGUCUGUAUGUACUCUGACAGGUGAACUGAAGUUAGAUUAUUUUUCACUGACAUUGGGUUAUAUCAAUAGGUAGGCAAGUUAAGGUGAGAAUAAAGAAUUACUUUAGGGUUCUGAUUCUCUACGCUAGAAUCUACUAUCUGAGUGCUCAUUUGCAGUAUUUGUAAUGUUUAUUUGUUGGUCUGACUCAAGAAUCAAGAAAACAGAAAAUGUAUGAAAAUAGCACCUUCUAUAAUUUUAUACUUUUAUAUAACACUUCGUUAAAGAAGUAUAGCAAAUUUCUAUGUAUUUUAACAUAAAAGCUGCUGCAUUUUUAAUGUUCAACUUUGAUAUAGCUAUAGUAAUUUAUAAUAAAGUAAUUUUUGUACUCAUUACUUGUUUUCUAGAAUAUAGUCUUUAUUAAGAUACUCCAAUAAAAGGAGUAACUCAUAAGAGCUACUUGUACAUGAGUUGUACAUGAAUAACUUGUUUAGGUGAUGGACUUUAUAGAGGCAUAAAUUUUAUACUAUCCAGUCCAUUUAAAAUAGGGCUUAAGAGAUUAUUUUAAUUUUUAGAUUUCUCCCUAGGUAACUUACCCACUUCCAUUGUAAAUACACUAAUGUUAAUAACACGUAACCUGCCAUGUCAAGGUUUGGGCUGGUGGAAACCUAAUCAUAGCUCCUUUGCCUGUAUUGAAAGUGGAGAAAGACAGUCUGGUUAGGUUAUGGAAAAGAUGGGAGUCAAAUCGAAAACUCCAGCUUAUAUAAAAGUAAUAUAUUUUGCUGAAUGCUAGAGUAAAGACUUUACUGCUAAGAGUUUAUUAUUAAUAGUAGUACUAAUGCUUCAUAGUAUCCCAUUUAAAUACACAGUGUAAAUAUGUAAAUAUUUCUGUAUCUCCUCAAGUUUGUGAAUGUAUUGCAACUUAGGGGCACGUGUGUGUUCCAAAACAAAUAUGCCUAAGCACUUUUGUUAAAAUUUGUCAAAUAAUCCUUUUAUGCAGUUAUUCUCUCAAACCUGUUCUCUAGAUAAGCAGUAUCUUACAAGGUACAAAUUUAAAACAAUGCCUGUGUUAAAAUAAAUGAU